AGAUCUCGUUCCGAACGUUGCUAUCAUCAUAAUCUUUAUCUCAAAUCCUUUUAAACCCCAUCCUCCAAAACCCUAGAACAUGAAUGUGAGUUAUCCAAAUGUCACUCCUUACCAUAAAUAGUAAAGAAAAAUAAAAUAAAAAUCAAAACUUCGUGUUAAGAAAACCCAAAUCUCUGAUUGCCCAGCGUCCAUUUUAAGCCACUGUUUCGAUCUGCACAACACACAAACACACACAGUCUCUCUCUCUCUCCUCUUCUAUCUCUCUCUCUCUCUCUCUCUCUUUCUCUAUCACUGAAACCCAAAGCCAUCCACCAUUUGUUCUUUUUUCCUUCACGCACUGUUUCCACACUUCCUUUUUACUAGGCAGUGUUUCAUUAACCAAUUGAGGAUUAAAAAUGAUGUAUGAAGCUGCUUCUGCUGCUGCUCAUGAUGUGGAAACCAAGGCCGCUACUUUAGUGGCAAGUGUUGAUCAUCACCCCGUGUUUGGAUCCGGGUCGGGUCAUGAUCAUGGUUUAUCGGCGUCUGUGCCUCUUCUGGGUGUUAACUGGAAGAAGAGAAGGAUGCCUAGACAGAGACGAUCUUCUUCUUCCUUUAACCUUCUCUCUUUUCCUACUAUGCCUCCUUCCUCCCACGUGCCAACUCCUCUUCCCGCACGUAAUACUGUGAUGAUGACAGAAACUAGACACAAGAAAGCUAAGAUUCCUUUUCCAAAAGGAACUGAAGAACAGUGACGUCAGCUCUCUCCGCCGAAUGAUACUCCCCAAGGUAUCUCUCUGAUUAUGAUUAUAAUGAUGAUUCAUGAUGAUGGUAGAGAUGAUGAUUCAUGAUGAUGAUCGGUGCAGAAAGCGGCGGAGGCUCACUUGCCGGCGUUGGAAUCAAAGGAAGGGAUACCUAUACGAAUGGAUGAUUUGGACGGUCUUCACGUUUGGACCUUCAAGUACAGGUACUGGCCAAACAACAAUAGCAGAAUGUACGUGCUAGAAAACACAGGCGACUUUGUGAAUGCUCAUGGUUUGCAGCAAGGUGACUUCAUCAUGGUCUACCAAAGUCUCAUCUCCAAGAAUUACGUGAUACAAGCAAGAAAGGCAUCAGAAGAAGAAGAAGAAGACAUAACCAACGUGGAAGAAGACGACGUUUACACAGACUUAACAAGGAUUGAAAACACUGUGGUUAACGAUCUUCUCCUCCAAGAUUAUAAUCAUGAUCACUAUACCAACAACGGUAAAUGUUCUUACUAUUAUCCUGUCAUCGAUGAGGUUACCACCGCAGCCACCACCACGUCUUUCGUCUACGACACGACGGAUUUAACUUCCAACGACACUCCUCUCGAUUUUUUGGGUGGACUCUCGACGACGACUAAUAACUAUUACUCCAAGUUUGAAUCAUUCGAAGGGUUUGGCUCUGUUGAGAAUAUCUCUCUCGAUGACUUCUACUAAGAUCCGAUCGAUCAACGGGCUCAUGAUGAAUAUUCUUAAUGGUGAUACAUAAAAAAAAAAAUUAAAAAUUAAAUGCAUUUUGCAUACCCUAAAGUGUGUAAUAUUACAGUUUAUAUGAAGAUCAUAGCUAAAUGGGAGUCAUGGGAGUGUUUUGCGUUUGAUGAAUAAUGUAAUUUUGUGUCGCGGCUUUAAUUUAUUAAUCCCAGCCCGGCAUAAAAAAAAAAAGCAAAACACAGUUUUUUUCUUGGGAUUAUUUUUUUUUCUUCUCUUGUAAUGUUUACCGUUAUAUAUAUGAACAGUUGGUCUUUAUAAAUCAUGUUUGAGUCUUCU